UUCCCCACAGAAGCCAAGAGGACAACAAGCGCUUUUCAGACUGCCUUCUGAGAGUCUGAAAUUACUGCCGCCUGCAUCAUGUGCUGUCGUCUCAAAACUUAUGUUGACACACAACGAACCAAUUUGAGAACAUGUGAUUUAGCGAUCCUCAGCCUAUAUUGUAAGCUGUACAUUCUCAGCUGAAGUUGUUUUUUCUUGUCGCGGAAUCGGAUCUCGAAAAUCGAUCAUUCGUCGUUUAUUGCAGUGUCUGUCUUUUCUAGAGAAAAAAAAUCAGAAUAAAUACGCAUGUUUUUGUUUUGUUACUUUUGUUGAAGUUUAUACGCAUUGCGCAUCAUUGCAUUGGGGUUUGAAGAUACGGUGUUGAAAAUGGACUUAAACUGCAACUAACUCGGAAUACUUUUGCAGUGAACCAAGUAUCAAUAAUAAUAUAACGUUAUUUUCCUACUCUUUGGAUAAAUAUAAAUUAUGGAAGAAGACGGGCAACAUGAGAACGGCGGUGUUCACGGCACCAAAGAUUCGGACCGCCAGCAACGCUUGAGGCUCUGUGUUUUAAAUGAAAUUUUGAACACCGAGAGGGAUUACGUUCGGGUAUUGCUUUUCCUUCAAUCGGCCUUUUUGCACAGAAUCCGACAAACUGCCGAAGAGCAACAGUGUCUGUCGCCUGAGCAUGUCAAGAUCCUGUUCUCCAACAUUGAGUCAAUCCUGGACGUUCACAGAGAGGUGCUGUCUGCAGUGGAGGCCAGCCUGCACCCGGAGCCACAGCCAGGGCAUGCCCUUGGACACGUCUUCCUCCAGUUUAAGGGGCAGUUCUCGGUGUAUGGGGAGUACUGCAGUAACCACGAGAAAGCCCUGCGGCUGCUGAUGGAGCUCAACAAGAUCCCUGAAAUCAGGACAUUCCUCCUGCACUGUAUGCUGCUGGGAGGGAAGAAGAGCACAGACAUUCCCCUGGAGGGGUACCUGCUAUCGCCCAUUCAGAGGAUCUGCAAGUACCCCCUUCUACUGAAGGAGCUGCUGAAGCGGACACCCAAGAAGCACGCGGACUACCCUGCGGUGGAGGAGGCCCUGCAGGCCAUGAAGGCAGUGUGCUCCAACAUCAACGAGACCAAGAGGCAGAUGGAGAAACUGGAGGCCCUGGAGCAGCUGCAGUCGCACAUCGAGGGCUGGGAGGGCACCAAUCUGACUGACAUCUGCACCGAGCUGCUGCUCCACGGUAACCUGCUCAAGAUCUCAGCCGGCAACAUCCAGGAGAGAGUCUUCUUCCUGUUUGACAACCUCUUGGUCUACUGCAAGAGGAAGUCCAGGGUUUCUGGGAAGAAGUCCAUCAAGAGGACCAAGUCCAUCAACGGUCCCCUGUACCUGUUCCGAGGAAGAAUCAACACCGAGGUGAUGGAGGUGGAAAACGUCGAGGACGGAACAGCCGACUACCACAGCAACAACUACACGGUGACCAACGGCUGGAAGAUCCACAACACGGCCAAGAACAAGUGGUUUGUCUGCAUGGCCAAGAACUCGGAGGACAAGCAGAAGUGGCUCGACGCCAUCUUGAGGGAACGAGAGCAGAGAGAGAGUCUGAAGCUGGGGAUGGAACGGGAUGCCUAUGUGAUGAUCGCCGAGAAGGGCGAGAAACUCUACCACAUGAUGAUGACCAAGAGCCGCCACCUGAUCAAGGACCGGCGCCGGAAGCUGAGCAUCGUUCCCAAGUGCUUCAUGGGAAAUGAGUUUGUGUCAUGGCUGAUAGAUAGUGGAGAGAUCAGCAAGCCAGAUGAGGGGGUCAACCUGGGUCAAGCUUUGCUGGAGAACGGCAUCAUCCACCACGUGUCCGACAAGCACCAGUUCAAGAAUGAGCAGGUGUUGUACCGUUUCCGCUACGACGACGGCACAUAUAAGGCCAGGAGCGAGAUGGAGGACAUUAUGUCAAAGGGUGUGAGGCUCUACUGUCGCCUGCACAGCCUGUUCACCCCUGUUGUCAAGGACAGAGACUACCAUUUAAAAACCUUCAAGUCUGUGGUGCCUGCCAGCAAACUGGUUGACUGGCUUCUGUCACAGGGUGACUGUUCCACACGUGAGGAUGCGGUGACAUUGGGGGUUGGACUGUGCAACAAUGGCUUCAUGCACCAUGAUCCACCCUGAGGAGGAGGACUACGGCUUUGAAAUCGAGGAGAAGAACAAGGCCAUCGUGGUGAAGUCUGUCACCAGGGGCUCUCACGCCGAGAUGGCGGGGCUGCAGGCGGGCAGGAAGAUAUUCACCAUCAACGAGGACCUGGUGUUCCUCAGGCCCUUCCAGGAGGUGGAGACCAUGAUCAACCAGGCCUUCUGCAUCCGCCGCUCCUUACGCCUGCUGGUCAACACCAAGGCAAAAGAGAUCGUGAAGGUUCCAGACACUCCAGAUCCCCUGUCCUUCAAACUCUGUGGCUCCGCCCCACCUCAUGUACACGCAGUAAGGAAAGGGUCGGAGGCGGCGGCAGCGGGCCUCCAGCCAGGUCAGUGUAUCCUGAAGGUGAACGGCAACAGCAUGAACCUCAGUGACUACCAGGAGGUCCUGGAGCACUUCUCCUCCUCCCAGCAGGAGCACCCCGACAUGUGUCAGUGGGUGUAUCGGGCAUUUGAGGAUGUUGAGGAGGACAGGGGGUCGUUCAGGGCCUGCCCAGCAGAGAAUGGCUCUGAGACCGAGGAAGAGAAUGUCAGGAAUGGAACAGACUAUAGCCUGAGCAGGCUGUCCAUGUCUGAUGACUCUGUGCCUCUGGUGAGCAUGAUGGUUGACAACGUGCACCUGGAGCAUGGCGUGGUGUACGAGUACGUCAGCACGGCCGGCGUCAAGAGCCACGUCCUGGAGAAGAUGGUGGAGCCCAAGGGCUGCUUCAGCCUCACUGCCAAAAUCCUGGAGGCCUUUGCCGGUGAUGACAGCCAUUUUGUGCGCAACUGCAGCCAGCUGAUCUCACAGAGCGACCGCGUGGUGUCGAUGCCUCAGUUUGAGUUCAGGAACAUCUGUGACACCAAGCUGGAGAGCAUCCGCCGACGAAUCAGCAGCUACCAGCAGUUUGCCCAGGAGCUGAGGAACAAGGCGUGUCCCACGUUCAAGCAGGCGGGUGUGCGGCCUCACCCACUGGGCUGCAUGGACUUUGUGCCCACCAACUGCCACAUCAACCUGAUGCAGGUAUCUUACCCCAAGACCACCACGGCCACUGGCAGGGCCUUCAGCAUCCGCUUUGGACGCAAGAACUCCUUCUUCGGCCUGGACCCCGACCAAGCUAACCUGAACCCAAUGUCCCACACCCAGCACUGUGUGACAAGCAUGGGCGCCCCGUCCUACAGCUGCAGCGGUCUGGGAGAGGAGGGGGAGUGGGACAUCGAGGGCUCUGGAGAGGGCACUCCAGACAGGAGGCAGCAGGCCCACCGGGGGAAGGGCCUCAGCUUCCUGCUCAAACAGGAGGACAUGGAGAUCCAGGACGCAUACAUCCGCCUCUACAGCCGCCUAGACAUCGCUGUCCGAGAGAUGAGGCAGUACGUCACCCAGAUAGAUGUCCUGCUGUCGUCCAUCACGGAGCCCACCCAGCCGCAGGGCAGCGAGCCCCCAGCCUACGAGGCCAGCCAGCCCCCCUCCGUGGCCCCUGAGGAGGGGGACCAGGAAAAAGCAGAGCACGGGGGCAUCAAGAGGGUCUGCUUCAAGGUGACUGAGGAGGACCAGGAGGACUCGGGCCACGACACCAUGAGCUACAGGGACUCCUACAGUGAAUGUAACAGUAACAGGGAUUCCGUUCUGUCAUACACAAGUGUGCGUAGCAACAGCUCUUACCUGGGGAGUGACGAGAUGGGUUCAGGUGACGAGCUGCCCUGUGACAUGAGGAUUCCCUCAGACAAGCAGGAUAAGCUGCAUGGCUGUCUGGAGCACCUUUUCAACCAGGUGGACUCCAUCAAUAGCCUGCUCAAAGGGCCCGUCAUGACCAAGGCCUGCGAGGAAACCAAGCACUUUCACCCCGACCACACUCAGCCAGAGUUCCGUCACACUGAGGACUGGACGGUACGCUGUCGCUACAUCAUCCACAAAAACAUCCAGGAGGACCCUUGGAACCUGCCCAGCUCCAUCAAGACACUGGUGGAGAGCCUACAGAGAUUUGUGGAUGAUGGGAAGAACCAGCUGCUUCUGGCCCUGCUCAAAUGUACAGACACGGCUCUGCAGCUGCGGCGGGACGUGAUCUUCUGCCAGAGCGCGGCUGGUGCCGUGUGCACGUUGGCCGAGCAGCUCCUGGCGGCACUGCGUGCGCGCUUCAACAACGCCGGCGAGUACGAGGAGGACAGCAAAGAGACGAGCCGCAAGUGGCUGGAACAGGCGGCCGCCAUUGGCGUGCUGCUCAACUUCCAGGCCUCACUGGCGCCCCACGUGAAGGAGGAGAGGACGAUGCUGGAGGAUACCCAGGCAGCCCUGUUGGACCUGGACAAAGUCACUGUGUUCUUCCGCCAGCUGGAGGAUGAAUGCCUGGUCGCAAACACGCCGGUGUGUUACCACGUGGAGGGCAGCCGGCAGGCCCUAAAGGUCACCCUGUAUCUGGACAGCUGCCACUUCAGUGAGCUCCCCACGCGCUUGCAGAACGGGGGCAGCCUCAAACUGCACACCGUGCUCUUCACCAGGGCCCUGGAGAGGCCAGAGGGAGUGUCUGAGCAGGACUACGUGUCCGUAGAAGAGUUCCAGCAACGCACCAACGCCGUCGCACUGGAAAGGGUCAAAGCCUACUACCGAAAACUCAGGGCUUUUUACCUGGAGAAGUCAAAUCUACCCACUGACUCUAACACCACGGCUAUGAAGAUAGACCAGCUCCUACGACCCCUCAACACCCUGGACGACCUAUGUCGCCUGAUGCACUCGUACCUGAAUGUGCGUCCCAACGCAGCGGGCCACCUGUCGGGCGUCAGCGUGCUGUGUGUGUCCUCGGAGCUGUGCAACCGCCUGGGCGCCUGCCACAUCACCAUGUGUGCCACCGGCAUGCAAAGGUGCACCCUGAGCGUGACCCUGGAGCAGGCCAUGAUCCUGGCGCGGAACCACAGCCUCAUGCCCCGCUGCAUCAUGCAGACCAUGGACAUCAUGCGGAAACAGGGCACCAGGGUAGAGAUCUCGGCUAAAAACCUCAAAGUGAUGGACCAGAUGCCACCCGCAGCCCCAAGGCUCUUCAAGUUGUGUCUACCACCCCAAGACGGAGAUCUAUAAAAGAAAGGGGUGCUGUGUUUUUAUUCCUAGUAGAGCAAUUUAUUUUGUAUUAGCAAUAUACUGAAGCCUCGGUGACUAGAGAUCAUGGAUGAAUGGGUAAGGUAGAAUGGGGGAGGAGGGAGAACAGGGAGCUCUCUGCUCUGCUCUCCCAUCCAAGAGUCAUAGACAUAAGACCAAACCCUUGUGUGGUACCCCCCCAACCAUGUCCCCGAAUGGAACAUUCCAGCACAGAAACAUCAAGAGUCUGGAUCCCACAGGGUCCGUGGUGUCCUGUAUAGCCCCCCCCCCCCCCCCAAACGAACCCCUCUGUGACAUGAGACUGCUGUUACUGACCUGGAAACCCAUUGUUGGGAACCUAGAGAGGAGUGUGGGGAUGGUGACAUCAGACAAGACAUGAUCUAACAAAAAUAUGUCCGCCACCUCGACAAUGCUCACACCGGGCUAUUAUUAACUGGAUUAACGCAAAAACCGCUUGUAGCAGACAUUCUUCUUCUUUAUUCACUUUGCCUUGGACUGCAACGCCAGUGUGUGGUAUCUCCGUCAGACAGUGUGUCUGGUAUUGCAGCUAGGAACAGGAGGCACUGCAUCAAGGAGGAGAGAAGGGUGAAAUGAUAGGGAUGGAUGGAAAGAUGGAUGGUAUGGGCUGCCCUUUGCCUUAGCCCCCCUUGCAUGCGGCGAAUGUGCAAUUACUGUAGGCUAGUGUGAGUACUGUAUUACUGCACUAUGAUGCAUAGUGAUUUAUUGUAUUACUCAAUAAUAUCAGGUAUUCAAGAAUUGAAAGCAUUCCAGCCUACGCAUCAUGCAGUAUUUAAUGGAGCAAUGGCAUGCCAUGUUUUUUUUUAAAGAACUCCUUAUCUAUUUUUUUUUAUUUUGUCUUUGUCAUUUCCUCGGGAGUUUGAUCUGUUGACAAGUGUUAAAAUGCAGGGAGUUUUGUUAAAAAUGAAUAGGAAGGGGAGUUUUAAUCUGAGUCGGGGAAACAAGCUAACUUUAUCUAAUCUCAGAGUUUUUUGUGUUUUCCAAUCUGCAUCCCGAGUCAACAGGUUGGAAUUUUUUAAGCCUUUUAAAGUAUUAAUAUAUAUUCAGUAAUAUUAAUAGUGGGAGAUUGUCUCCUGUUGACCCAGCCAACUCACAAGACCUCUUUGCGAUUUGAUUUUAAUGUUUCGAUAUUUAAAUGAGCACAAGGAUUCAUCUAAUUACUCUGAAGUGUUAGCACAAAGUACUGUAAACCGUCCCGAGGAUGAUGACAACAAAGGGAUCAGUGAAGUUAACUCUUGAUAAACAGUAGCAUCAUUUUAUUGAAGAUGUUAUAUUUCUUGUACAUACUUACUGUAACCAAUGUCUGUGUCAGAGAAAAUAGAGUAUGGUCUAUAUCUAUGCCAUUGGCAGCAGAGUUAAUGCUAUAAUUUAAAUGUGAUUAUUUUUAUGGACAUAAUAUAGUAUGUAAAACGUUUGAACUAUUUGGGGUAUUCAUAUUGUACAUUUGGACAGGGACGGAUUUUGGUGUCGCGUAUAUAUCCACACUGACGACGUUGUUGAACGUUAAAAUGGCUCCACUUUCGUUUUAGCAUGGUUUGUAUCUGUGUCGAGAUGCUGCACUCUGACUAGUUGCUCAGCCCUUGUUAUUUAUUUUGAAGCUCUUGUCAGGUCCCAAUUGAGGAGGGUCAUGUUCAUUAGGCACAAAAUGUGGCACCCAAUGUUGAAAAAAUAAAUAAAGUAAAACAGGAAGGGACUACC